UAUCGAAAUAUGACUGAGCUGUCAGUGGAAACCAGGAAAUUAAAGGUUUUUCCUGAGUCCCUCCUCCUCUGUCUCAUGUAGUAGCUUGUUUGUUUAAAGAUCAGCAUACGGGGGAAUAAAACCACAUCGAUCACGCAAAUGAUCACUUUAAACAGACCCAUCGGAUCAAUAACUCAGUGAGUGACUGAGUGACAUGGAUGCGAACUGCCGGGACUGGAUGUCAGCCUUACCUGAAGAGCUGUGGGACAUUCCUCUCACACACCUGGCCAUUCCAGGAAGCCACGAUGCCAUGAGUUACUGCCUGGACAUAAACUCCCCGUUGGUCAGGGCUGAGUCGGACUUUUUCCGGCUCCUGGAUGGAGUUUUUAGCUGCUUCACAAGGCCAGCCAUUUUUAGAUGGGCCACCACACAGGAUAAAACCAUUGAAGAACAGCUUUCGAUGGGGAUUCGGUACUUUGACCUUCGUGUUGCACACAAACCAAACGACUCAUCCGGCGACUUGUACUUCACACACGUCAUUUACACUCAUGUGACCGUACUGGAAACACUUGAGUCUGUUGCUGCUUGGCUCGAGGCUCACCCAAAGGAGAUCGUUAUCCUCGCUUGCAGCCAUUUUGAAGGAAUGGAUGACAAAUGCCACGAAUCAUUCAUUUGGUCCCUGAAGAAACUGUUUGGCUCUAAGCUGUGUCCCCAGAAGGAAUCGGCGCUGACCUUGCGGAGUCUGUGGGCGUCUGGUUACCAGGUCAUCCUCUCCUAUGAAUGCCAGCUUGCAGUGAGACAUCAGGACCUGUGGCCUCCCAUCCCUUACUGGUGGGCCAACCAGCGCCGAGCACAUGGAGUUAUGACUUACUUGGACUGGCACAAAGACCUGGGACGUCCAGAGGGCUUCUUCGUGUCCGGCCUGAACCUGACAGCUGACAGAUGUUACAUCACCAAGAACCAGAAGGAAUCCCUGCGGACGCUCACCUACAGCAACUGGGAGUAUUUGAGGACAUGGCUUGAGGAACAGAUUCCCGGAUCAGACGCCAGGAGCCUCAACAUCAUCGCGGGAGACUUUGUGGGUUCACUGCCGCUCUGCUCUGCGGUGAUUGCACUGAACCAAAAACUUUGCUGGAAGAACUCCAGCCAGAUGAAAAAGCAUUAUUAACCACAC